AUGUCGUCCUACGCAAUCACGGGAGCCUCGCGAGGCAUCGGGUGGGCGUUCGUUUCCAUCCUGUCCAGCAACCCAAGCAACACCGUCAUCGCGCUCGUCCGCAACAAAGCUGCCACUGAUAAACGCGUCGCCGAAGAACUUCCCGGCCGUACCAACAUCCACGUCCUCAGGGCCGACCUAGACAGCUACAGCGACUUGGAGAUUGCGGCUGAGGAUACCUCGAAGAUUACCGGUGGAAGUCUCGACUAUCUGAUCGCCAACGCCGCACUGCUUACUCUCUACGACCAGUUCGACUCCCUCGGUGUUUUAGGCAAAGACCCAGUCACCCUGGAGCAGGAAAUGCUCGCAAACUUCAAAACCAACACCAUCGCCCAGGUCCAUCUCUUCAACCUCUUCACCCCGCUGAUCCUCCGCGGCGCCGCCAAGAAGGUCAUCGCCAUCACCAGCGGGCACGCAGACGUCGACCUGGUCACCAAGUUCAACGUCGACACCGCGGGUGUGUACUCGAUUAGCAAGGUCGGGCUUAAUAUGGCGGUCGCGAAAUUCAGCGCCCAGUAUAGCGCCGACGGCGUGCUCUUUCUUAGUCUCUCGCCGGGAUUGGUGGAUACCGGGGGUUUCGCGCAAUUAACCGAUGAGCAGCGUGCUGGCUUGGGCGUAAUGCUGAAGAAGUUCCAGGAAUAUGCACCGUCAUUUACCGGGCCGAUCAGCCCUGAGGACUCGGUCACGGCCAUGCUGUCUGUUAUCGACAAUGCGACUGUUGAGAAGGAUGCGGGAGCUUUCCUCUCGCACAAGGGUGACCGCAAUUGGCUUUAG